UUAUCAAAACAAAUUGCUUUAUUCCCAAAAAAAACAUUUCAUGCCACUGUGUCUCUCAAUAAAACCAUUUUGAUAACUGUUUUGUUUAUUUUUAAAAUUGAUAAUAAGCCAGACAAUUGCGGUAAAUAAUUGAAUUAGUUUGAUAUCAAUUGAUAACAAAGCUGGAAUUUGUGUGCCCAAUAUUUCAUUUCUUAUCGUUUAAAUGAAUAUAAACGCAUUGAAUUGGCUUCCAAUGAGCCAGUGUGUUUCAUUUUAUUCUUGACUAUAUCUAUAUAGUCGUGUUAUAGGUAAUUGUUAUUCCACUCAUAUUCUUUUCGCAUUUUUUCUACUAAUCCAAACGAGUAAAAAGCACAGAGACAUGGUGGCUGAAGCAAAACCUUCGCUUAUAACAAAUGUUCCGCCGUCAUUUUACGCGCAAUCUGAUAGAGCAACUGAUGCAUGGUUAAGUGCAAAACGUAGGGAUGACAAUGUGGAAGAUGGCUUGUGGCGUAUCCAUAAUACACUUUAUGACCUGACUGAUUUUAUUGACAAGCACCCAGGUGGACCGAUGUGGUUAGAAAUGACCAAAGGACACAGUGGCGUAACUAGAACUUUUGUUCGUAGGGGGUAUUCUUUAUUGCUCCAAUCGAUAGAUUUCCCCGAGAACUGGGUACCGAGUAAGGAAGCCAAAAACUGGAUUCAACGCUACGUUUCAUACAUUUAUGUGCCGAUCUUCUAUUGUUUUCUCUAUUUGUAUACGUUUAGCAUGAGAAUGUUACUUUCAAUUGUUAAAGGUCACAAGGUCCACAUUAACCAUUUUCUGCCCUUCAUUGUUCCCAUCACGAUGUACCUCUUUGGAGGAAAUCACACACUUAUUGAAGCUCUGAAAAUAUUUUCGAUUAUCAUUUUAUCGGGCAGUUUUAUGUUUUCAAUCAUCGCUUUGAAUGCCGACCAUCAUCACCCAGAAGUCGUUCAUGAUGGAGAUCCCGUACGUAAAUCGUAUGAUUGGGGACUAUAUUCGGUGGAUACAAUAAUGGACAGACAAGAAUUGCGUGGAAAUACUCUUUUAACUUUGACAAACUUUGGCGACCAUGCACUGCAUCACCUGUUCCCUACGCUCGAUCACGGCAUUUUACCCGAAUUAUACGACGAUUUCUUUGCAACUUUACUGGAAUUUGAAGCGGAGUGUCAGUGCUAUCCGUGGUUCUUUGAGACAAUCAAAGGACAAUUCCAACAACUCUCGAGAAUUGAGACAAUGAAACUAGACUCACAUGAAAGAUACCUCUUGAAGCAUGGCAGACAAAUGAAAUCAAAGUGAACAACAGUUAUUGGUACAAGUAAGAAAGAAUAAAAAAUCGAAAGUUAAAG